AUGUGGAACAGAUAUAACUUCCCUGUAUUUCUACUUUCAGAAGAGAGUACAAAGACUGUUCAAAAGACUUUAGAAAAAAAUGAGAAGACUGGCAAUGGAUAUAGAGCAAAUGUUGCAGAAUUCGACCUUGUUAUGCAGGGCAGUGUAUGGGCUUCAUUACCGCCACUUAAAAAUGGAUCUACAGAGCAUCAAAAACCUUUAAUAUUGGCUAUUGCAUCCCAAGACUCUGCAUCGUUUUUUCGGGACCGUAGUCUUGGUUCAGAUUCUCCCAUAUCUGGAUUGAUUGCCUUGCUCACUGCUGUUGAUGCUCUUUCUCACAUUCAUGAUUUAAGCAACCUUAAGAAACAGUUGCUCCCAUGUUAUUAUGCUGGAUAUUCUUUUUACUUAGAGCAGGUAUCCAGCAAAUCUUAUCCACCAAUUUAUCUUUUCUUCUAUUAUACUUGUCGUGAGGUCCAAGCUACUGGGAAUGGUACAUCUAAUGUGGUUCUUCAUAUCACUCUUACUGAAAUUAUGUGUGAUUGGUUCGUCAAGCAACAUCUUCUUCCUGCAGGGGCAAAGGUAGCUGACCAGCCGGUGACGAAGCGAGCGGCCCUGCCUGCAGCAGCCUGCAGAGCAGCAAAGGUCGUAGAGCAGGGCUUGCUAGCAAGCUUUCACAGUGAAUAUAACUUUGCUAUUUUGGAAUAUGACUUUGCUUUUAGGACUAUUACUUCUACAAUGAUGACAGUGGAGUACAACAAUUGUUUGGGAACCCGCAACUGUGAAGACUUGAGCUGA